AGCGGCCGUUGCUCGGCCGAAUUCGGCGCGGCCACGUCGGAGGAAGGCGGGCCCCUCCCACCGCCCCACCUCCCGCGGCUUGGCUGUCAUAGGAGCAACUCCGGCGAGCGCGUCGGGCAGCGGAAGGCCCCAGACGCCCAGGCCUCGCAGCGGCUAGACCGGCGGCGGAGGGGAGAUGUCGGACCUCGGGGAAUGGUUCCGGAGCAUCCCGCUCAUCACCCGCUACUGGUUCGCCGGCGCCAUCGCGGUCCCCCUCGUCGGCAAGCUAGGCCUCAUCAGCCCCUUCUACCUCUUCCUGUGGCCCGAGGCCUUCAUCAACCGCUUCCAGAUCUGGAGGCCAAUCACAGCAACCUUCUAUUUUCCGGUCGGCCCAGGAACGGGGUUUCUUUACCUGGUGAACUUAUAUUUUUUGUAUCAGUAUUCAUCACGAUUAGAAACAGGCGCUUUCGAUGGAAGACCCGCCGACUAUAUGUUCAUGCUUCUCUUUAAUUGGAUCUGCAUAGUUAUUACUGGUUUGGCAAUGAAUAUGCAGCUGCUGAUGAUUCCCUUGAUCAUGUCUGUACUUUAUGUUUGGGCCCAGCUGAACAGAGACAUGAUAGUGACAUUUUGGUUUGGGACACGGUUUAAGGCAUGCUAUCUACCGUGGGUUAUCCUGGGAUUCAACUAUAUCAUUGGAGGCUCUAUCAUCAAUGAGCUGAUUGGCAACCUGGUUGGCCACCUGUACUUUUUCUUAAUGUUUAAAUAUCCAAUAGACUUGGGAGGAAGAAAUUUCCUAUCAACGCCUCAGUUCCUGUACCACUGGCUGCCGAACAGGAGAGGAGGAGUCUCUGGAUUUGGGGUGCCCCCCGCCAGCAUGCGCAGGCCUGCAGAGAACCGCCAGGGCGAAGGGAGACACAACUGGGGCCAGGGUUUCCGGCUGGGCGAUCAGUGAAAGAACUUCCUGCUUUUUCUCUUCUUCUUUUUUUCCUUUUUAUGUGUGCGGGACAUCUUCAACCAUUCACGGGAAUGGCUCCUACUGAGGAGUGUACUCAAGAACUGGGUUUGCUCGAGGGCAAUUGGGUCUGGCCCAUUAAGAAAUCUUAACUUUUUCUUUUCGUUCCUGGUGGAAGAUGACACAACGGAAGGCACAAGAUAGAUUUUACUCCAGGCUGUUGAAUAGUGCUCAACUCAGUGCUGCCAUUAAAAAAAAAAAAAAAAGAACACACAUUUUUAAUAUUGUCUAGCACAGUGUAUUUUCUUUUACCAACCUCUCCUCAGGUGAAUUUAUGUUGUUGCAUCUGAAUUUCAGGCCUUUCUUUGUGUAAGAGCCCUACAGAGUCCAGUAAGAAUCUACUCCUUGGGUCAUAGAAUUGUCCAACACAGUAACUGGUUUAAAAAAAGGGUUACUUCAGAGUUUGUUGUAAUACUAACUAGCAGGAGGUCUUCGGGUAUUGAUAACUAUGUUGGUAUUUAUUUAGCAGGAACAGAGCCUAAAAUUUCCUGUGUAAGGCAUCAGAUAUGUGUUUUGACUGGAGGAGAUGCGAACCUAGGCCACUGAGGCAGAGUGCUAGCUCUCUCUUGGGAAAUUUUUGCUGCGGCCAUCUAAAUGCCUCUGCCUCUUCAGCUGUAGAUUGGGUGCACUUUAAUGCCAGUCCUGUGCACACACUCACUUGGUGGGGCUUACUUCCGAGUAAAUAACACGCAUAGGACCGAGACAAAACUCAGUUCUUUGGAAUCUGUAAGGUAAUCACGCUUGGGUUUGUAUCUUGUAAUGGGGAAGGCAAGCCAUGAAAAACAAAGUUGGAGGGUUAGCAAAAAUUAUUUAGUGCUUUCAAACAAGACUCCCGACCAACCGGUGCUUCAACAUUUCUCAUUCUGGAAGAAAAUUUGGGUACCUGCGGAUGUUCAGUAGUAACCUUCAUUGCAAGUUAAGCUGCUCGAUUAUAAUACGAGUAAUGGGUAUCAAACGACUGAUGACUGUUUUAUGUGGGGUGACACUGGAGAUAUUUGGAUAGAGGGAGAAAGCAGACCUAACCUUGUCCUCCCAAUCCGCUGGUUCGUCCCUCUUCCUCCUUCUCUCCCCCAUCCCCAAGAAAACCACACCAGGUUGUGCUUACCUGUGUUCCCACCUGUAAAAUGGGACUGCAAAACAUUUCAUCCAGCUGCGCAAAGUAGGCACUCUUUCCAUAGCACUGCAAACAUGGAAAGUGCUGUAGAAGUGAUUAUGAAUGCUUUGGGUUGCAAUUGCUACUGAUAUUUCUCCAUGCAUCAAAGGUGUAGCCAAUGGGGCACCCUCGAGAUGUUGUCGGGCCCUCAUCAGGGCCAACUGCAUUUGGAGGGCAUUGUGUUGUCUAUCCUUGAUCUGUGUAUAUUUGUCUACUCAACUGGGGUGGGGUGGGGUUGGCGAGAGAGCGAUAUUUUCACCAGAUUUUGCUUUCCCAGAGGUGUGAACCCACUGCGGCAGUCUUCAUUGAGGAAAACAGAAACCUUGCAAUUAUGCGUCUUGAUAGUGGAAAAACGUAUAGAUUAAGAAAUCAUUUAGCAGUGUCCUCAUGGUAAUAAACCUUCCGGUGGCUCUUGCUUGAUUUGAAAAUACAUAUUUGUAAUAAAAAAGAUGGCAUUUCCCCAAG